AUAAGUCAUAAGUCUGUUAAUCGACAGAAUUUGAUAGAAAUAACGAUUGGAAAUUGUAAAGGAACAUUUGGAGAAUGAAAUUAUGCAAAGACUUUUACAAAUAAAGCUAUAAAUAAUUAAUAAUUAACUGAAAUGUGCAAAGAUUUCAUUGAGAUUUUAUAGCAAUGUUAUUUUUCAUAUUUCCUUAUGAAAACGUUGUAAAUUAGGGGAAAAAAUAAUUUAUAUUGGUAAAAGAAUGUAAAAAUAUUAAUUAUGUCUAUUAAUAAGACUAAUAUAGACAAUAAUAGUUGUAAUUUAAUUGUAGACAUUUGGCAAGGGCGGUUAUAACGCGCGGUUAUGUCAGGUUAAGUUAGGUUAUAGGUACAGUUAUUUUUUAGCUCAGGUUAAGUUAGAUUAAAGAAACACAUGGAUAUACCGGAUUUUAUCUCGUAUUGUGUAUAAAAUAAAUAUUUCAUAAAUUAUGACAGAAGUUAAUUGAAAAUCAUGUAUUGUAAGGUUAAUCGAAUUAGAAAUAAAUUUUGUAAAUAAUUUCGCUGUUAAUUAAAAUAAUCUUUUGAAGUAAAAAGUGAAAAUGAAAAUUCCACGACCGUAUUAUGUUGGGAGUGUAGUUAUAACAGCUAUAGGCGCAGUUUAUCUUUUAAAAGAUCGAAUAAAUGAAUAUCGAUUCACCGGAGAGGAGAAAUUAACAAACAAGGUGGUAAUUGUUACUGGAGCAAAUUCGGGAAUUGGUAUGGAAACAACAAAAGCACUGGCUAAACGAGAGGCAAAAGUUAUUAUGGCCUGUCGAGAUAUGAAGAAAUGUGAAACUGUCAGACAGGAAAUUGCACUUGAAACAUUGAAUAAAUACAUUUAUUGCAGACAUUGUGAUUUAGCAUCACAAGAAAGUAUUCGAAAAUUUGUAAAACGUUUCAAAAAAGAAUUCAAAGAUUUACAUGUUUUGAUAAAUAAUGCUGCAGUGAUGAAUUGUCCAAAAGCAAAGACAAAAGAUGGAAUUGAAAUGCAAUUGGGUGUUAAUUAUAUUGGACAUUUUUUAUUAACAAAUUUAUUAAUUGAUAGACUAAUAGAAUCGGCACCAUCGAGAAUAAUUAAUGUCACAAGUGCAGCUUAUAGUCGGGGAAAAAUUAAAAUUGAUGAUUUUAAUAGUGAUAAAAAUUAUGAUCCCGAUGAGGCCUAUAGACAAAGUAAACUCGCCAAUGUUAUUUUUACCCUCGAAUUGGCUAAAAAAUUAAAAGGCACUGGAGUAACAGUGAAUGCAGUUUAUCCAGGAAGUAGUGACACUGAAAUUAAUCGACAUUUGAGUUAUCAUUCUAGUUAUAUAAGUUCAGUUUUCGUGAAACCAUUCACUUGGAUAUUCAUUCAGUCUGCUCGACAAGGAGCAACUCCAGUUUGGAUGGCGGCAGUCAGUGAAGAACUAAAAGACGUCACUGGCUGUUACUUUAGUAAGGGGAGAAAGACAGAUUUAUCGAAAGAAGCAGAGAAUGAAAAAAUAUCAAAAUGGCUUUGGUUAACGAGUGAAAAAUGGACGAAAUUAGAAACCAGUUAAUGUUUUUGUAAUUAACUUAUAAAAGUAUUUGUUAUUGUUAGUUGAAUAUUUUUGUUUAAAGUAAAGAUUACAUUUUUCAAAAA